AUGUGGAAUGUUGUGGAGAGCUUUACAUUAGCAAAAUGGAUAGAAGUUAAGUCAUUGGGAGACAAUGCGUUUGUGAUUGCUACCGAUACUUGUUUCUCGGUUUUGGCUCAUGAGUUUUACGGAUGCCUUCAAAACUCUAUUUACUUCACAGACAACAAGGAUAUAUUUAAGCUAGACAAUGGACCAAUGUAUUAA